UGCAGUGUAAGGGUCCGCGGACCACAGCUUGGGAACCAGUGGCGGAACAUCUAUCUUGAGUCUAAUAGGAAGGCAGUUAGUGCGCUCAAGCUGUGGCCACGACGUGUGCAUGUCGGCGAUCCAACCCACUGGAACAGCGUCGGUGUUGGAGAGCGCAUCAAUCACGCAGCGUGGUGUAGGUGGACGACACGAAACGGACAAAAACAAAUCUAUAUCGGGACAGUCCCAGCUGUCAGCGGCAGAAACCUGAACAGGUGGCUUCCUCAGAGUCUUAGCGCAUAGACCCUAAACAGCUUGUCUCCCUCGUUAAUCUCCGCGCUGACGAAAACGAAUUUACCUGCUAUGCUUAAAACUAUGCGUGUGGCAGGUUUGAGGUGGAACAUCUGACUAGUAUCGGGAUUUAUUCCUCAGAGUUUCCUCAGUGCUCAUCGAAGACUUGGCGCGGCAGGAAGCGCGUCUUGGCUCCGCCGGAGGAUUUGAGGCUGGAUUGACAGACUUGGAUAUAAUGACGUUUCGUUUUACUCUUAUUUGGAUUUUAUAAUUUCCCCUCUGUGUUUGGACUACUCCAACUGUGUGUCCCAUUGUCACAGCAUGUUGCCAGAAAUAAACAACAAGACAUCAAGACCAGAGGCUUUCCCUCACCCCCACAGGCUGCCGGCGGAAGGCAACAGGCUCGGAAACAACCGACCCUAUUCACAGAAGUUUGCUCCUGCUGUCGGGACUUUGCCUCAGCUUGAGCCACCCGUGGUUCAGGUGGUGGUCAGCAAUGCCAAACACCAACACCAGCAGUCGGAAAACAUCCUGCCCCAAAUUGCCAACAAGGGGGUCCAAAACAAUUACCAGACGCACCCGGACGAGAGGCCGAAGCCCACCCAGCAGUUCACCACACGGUUCGGUGCUGCGGUGGACUCCCGCAACAAGAUUUUGAGCAACAAGCUGGAGAAAGACAGGGCAUAUGAAGGACAGCGACUGCCCAUGUCACCCAUAGAUGCACUGAAGAACUUCCAGGAGCGGCUGACGGAGUUCGAGCAGGAGGAAAUCAUGGACUAUUCAGAGAUCUGGUUCAUGGGCCUGGGCUCCCAGAAGAUCGAGGCAUCCCAUGGUGCACCACAAAAUAAUGGAUUCGACGAUGAGCACGGAAGCUACAUCAGGGUGCUGCAUGACCACAUUGCCUACAGGUUUGAGGUGCUCGAGGUCAUCGGGAAGGGCUCCUUUGGUCAGGUCCUAAAAUGUCUGGACCACAAAACCAAUGAGCUGGUAGCCAUUAAGAUGAUUCGCAAUAAGAAAAGGUUUCAUCACCAAGCUCUAGUCGAGCUGAAGAUCCUGGACGCAGUGAAGAGGAAAGACAAAGACAACCUCCACAACGUCAUUCACAUGAAGGAGUACUUUUAUUUCCGAAAUCACCUCUGCAUCUCCUUCGAGCUCCUCGGGGUGAACCUGUACGAGCUGAUAAAAAAAAACAACUUUCAGGGCUUCAGUCUGGCUCUCAUCCGUCGCUUUGCCCACGCUCUUCUCAGGUGCCUGCAGAUGCUGCACAGAGAGAAGAUAAUACACUGCGACCUCAAACCGGAAAACAUCCUUCUGUCUCAGAGAGGACCAGGAAACAUCAAGGUGGUUGACUUUGGAUCGAGCUGUUAUGAACAACAGAGGGUGUACACCUACAUCCAGAGUCGUUUCUACCGCUCCCCGGAGGUCAUCCUGGGUCACCCCUACAGCAUGGCCAUAGACAUGUGGAGCCUGGGCUGCAUCCUGGCUGAGCUCUACACAGGCUACCCGCUCUUCCCAGGAGAGAGCGAAGUGGAGCAGAUCGCAUGCAUAAUGGAGGUUCUUGGGAUGCCUCCGAAUGAUUUUGUGCAGACGGCAUCAAGGAGGAGGUUGUUCUUCGACUCAAAAGGAAACCCCAGAAACAUCACCAACAGCAAGGGGAAGAAGCGGAGACCCAACUCCAAGGAGCUGUCUGCUGCGCUGAAAACUACUGAUCCUUUGUUCUUAGACUUCAUCAAACACUGCCUCACCUGGGAUCCAGCCAAGCGCAUGACUCCUGAUGAGGGCAUACAGCAUGAGUGGAUCCUGGAGGGAAAUUUCAACAAAGUCCGGCCCAAAACCAGGCCAACGCUGAGGAAGGCGUCGGAGAGCAGCACAGAAAACUCGGCUGAGCACAGUCACCACAAACAGUCUAGCAGCCGGCCUGCAGAGCGGGUCGGCUCGGACAGCAACGCCAACAACAAAAUAAAGAGGGACACCUCUGCAACAAGAACAAAGAUGGCCCCCGCUGAGCGCCUGCGGCCAAUCGGGGCCUCAGCGGAGGAGGAGGUUUCCGAGGGCGACGCCAAGGUCCCGGCGAUGGACGGCCAGCAACAGGAGGGAGGCGGGGAGCGUCCCGUGCACAUCAUCAUCCAACCUCAACAGGAAGUGGGCGCUGAGAGAGAAGAGAGCCAGGAACCAACUCAGUGUUUGCCUCCUAUCAUCUAGCAGAAUCAGAUUAGAGGUGAAGGAUUGUGGGGGAUGUAGUUCUCAUGUUGUAUCUGUCAUCAGCAAAGAGGGACACGCUUCAUUCAUUGUUUUAUACUCGUGUAAAAUGUCGACUCUCCGCUGGAACGAGCAAAACAGGACCCAAAAUACAGCAAUAAUCUGCUGUUUGAGUCCCAAAUAUAAUCCAUCAAACCCCGUCUUUGCUCCGCAUCGACGUCUUUGAAAAACAGCUGAAACUUUCAUUUUAAUUUUCUUUGCGUAAAAUUCUCCAUGCUAAGCGAAAAACCAAGCAGCUUUGUUCAACAACUGCAUGAUUUCAAAAUAUUAGCACAUCUUUUUUUUUUUUUUACUUUCUUUUUCAUCUUAUCUUUAGGACAUUUUUAUCUUCAUUUAACCUUCAGGAUGUUUAUUAAUUUUGAAGGAUCGUGUGCAAUAAAGGCUGAGCCAAAAACAUUUUUUUUUUUACCAUGUCAGAAAAGGUGCCCUAACACUAAGAUCAAGCUGUUCUGUACCUUGAAAUUAUAGUUAGAUUUAAUUUUCAUUACAGAGUUAAUGGCAUCUUUGUUAUUCUACUUAUUUAUUAUGGGAUAUGUUUCAUCAUAUGAUGCUUCAUAUUUGACAAUUUAUGUAUAUUUCAACAACAACAACAAAAUAUUAUGUAUUUGUAUUAGCAUUAUAUUUAUUGUACAUAUAUAUUCCUGCUGUAAUUUGUAUGUAUUGUAAUGCAGAAAAUAUUUUAAGACAAUAUUUCAGAUAUUUGUUGAGGUUUAGACAAGGUUUUACUUGUGUUGUUACUGUAUGGAACAUAUUUUGUAUGUCUGUGUUAUUCAUAAUAUUUUUUACUAUUAGAAACAACAAGACAAUCCUUUUAUUGAUAGUUUGUGCCUUGCAGUAUUAGAGUUCUUGCACUUUACUAUUGUGUGUGUGCACCUGGAUUAGAAACUGUUCUCUCCCAGUCAAACAAAUGAGAGUUGUGCAAUAUAUAGGAUUAUAACCCUGCCAGGAUCCCCCUUAUUUGUGAUGUAUAGAAUGUUUCAUCUGUUAAACCUGAAAAAAAAAAAAAAAAACUUUUUAUUACUGCUUUGAAUUAUUUUUACCCUCAUUAUCUUCCUGUGUUCAGAAGAAAAUAAAACUCACUUGCCAACUGACAACAAAACUCAACGGGGCAAACGACCUGAAACUCUGAGGGGAUUGUUUGUAGCUUCAACAAGAAAAUAUCAGGAAAGAAAUUUUUGUCUUUUAUGAUGAAAUUAAAAAAAAAAGUUGUUUCAAUAA